GGCCAAACCGCCGAUGCUGCAGUCGUCAUAAUUCAUUUUACGUGCAUUUCCCUACCGUUCCCUGACUUUGAAUGAAGUUCAUUAGGUUCAACUCCCGGACAACAAGUCUUUUUGCUUGUUGCUAAACUCAUUCAUCUCAGAUGACCCCAGGGAUGCCAUUCCUCAAAAAAGCUCGACUGAAUCUGCCUCGCUCAACAAUAUUAGAUAAUAAAGCAAAGAAGUCUGGGCUCCGUGGAACAGUAUUUGCAGUCAAUGGGGACAACUACACUGGGGAGUGGCUGGACAAUAAAAAACACGGUUGGGGAACCCAAGAGUGGAAGUCGACCGGUGCGAUUUACAAUGGCGAGUGGAAAUUUGGGAAACACGACGGCUACGGCAUCUUCAGCAUACUUCGACCGGAGACGAAAAAGUACGUGACGCAGUACUGCGGCGAGUGGAAAAACGGAAUGAAGCACGGACACGGCUCCUUCUUCGAUGUGCAUGCAACUUAUGAAGGAGAGUGGAGUGAGGACAAUCGCAACGGGUGGGGGAGACUCUCCUAUAAGUGUGGCGAUCUCUACGAGGGGGAGUGGCUCUGGGAUAAGGAACAUGGAACAGGUGUUAUUCAAUUUGGUAAGUUUUUGUUUUGUUUGGAGCUCGCCGUGGCUGAAUGCCUUUCGAAAUUUGAACUUUGGUGUCUGUUUCAAGCCAAUGGAAACUGGUACGAAGGAUCUUGGAAGUAUGGCAAGAAAAAUGGUCACGGAAAGUUCUACUAUGCCGAUAAAGGUCUCAUUUAUGAAGGCCUGUGGGUGGACGGCGACGCAAAAUGCGGGACUCUGUCUGAUUUUGGGAGAGAAGAAGCACCAUACCCCACCAAGUAUCCAAUUCCUCAGGUGACACUAAUGGACAUGCAAAUGGUUUUAACGGAAGCCGAGUCAGCGUACCUGGAUGAAAGUUGAUUGGAAAUGAGAGGAAGCGAGGUUUUCAAUUGCCUUUUCCCCACCCCAGGUAUUUUUCGAUGUGACUUCUCAAACACAGAAUCGUUUUGAUCUCUCGACAAAAGUGUCCACUAGUCAUUGCACCAAGAACAACUGAAAAUGUUGGCAAUGCAUUUGGCCUUGCUUGGCUAUGAUGGAUUUGCUUGAAUGACUUGUUUUUCAGUGUGGCAGGGUUUUUGACCAUUUAGAAUUGUUUGUGGGUAAAGUAAAAAUGCUUGAGGGUUAGUACGUCCAUGCCUUUUCAAACAUUUUUCCACUUUACAAGUUAUGCUCCCACAGAAAAGGAAUUUUUGACUAAUGAAUUUUCAUAUGGACUGGACGACUGAAGGACUCAUCCACAAUCUCCCUAUUUUUUAUUAAUAAACAACAUGGAGGUGCAAAAGGACCCAUGAUCAGCCUGGCUACAUGCACUUGCCUGGUCUGGCCACUUGGUCGCCAGUACCUCCACUUGUCUGUACGAUUCUACCUCGUCCCUUGAGCUGGAACUGCACUCCUGCGGUAUUUGGCUAUGUCGUCGCCAGUUCGGUGACCGCUCGAGAAAGCUAAAGACAUUCAACUCAGGCACCUUUACAACAAGUAUUGGACUUUUUGUUUAAUGUAUUUUAACCAUAUUUUUCACAAUAAAUACUUUUUCAUGAAUACUAUACAAUACUGUAUCUGCUCCAAUGAUUAACAACAUUUUCAGGCCUUCUCCAACCAAUGCUAAAAUUCACAUCAGGAACACCUGCAAACCAGGUCCAUGGUGCUGAGCACACGAGAACUGUCAUUGACAAAUUUAACCCAGCUACUUGGGUUAUCGUUCCUUCAUGUACUGUAUAUGGUGAAGAGCAGUAGUCAAAGAAAGCCCUGUGCGGAGCCUUUAGCAGCAGUAGUAAGAUACAGAGGAAGUCCAGGAUCCAGAGUAUGUGGCAAUUAUUCAAGUUGAUUCAGUCUAUGUUGUGAACCUGGGAAUGUGCAUUUAACACUUCUCAAUGGCUUGGUGAGGGCAGGAUGAGGUAGAAGUUUGGAAAUCCUGUUGCUGACACGUAAUAGUUGUGUGCAGACUUUCUUUUAUGGAUGAAAGACUAUAUACUGGCACAAGCACGGAUCCCUGUGGAACGUCAUGGCUAAUUUCUGCACUCAACUAUUCGUUACUGAUACGAACUUAGCAACAAAUUAGCAAUACAAAUAAUACAACUAAAUACAGUUUUUAAUGCCAAUGACUAGCUCUAAUCUGUUAUUAGAAUGUGGUGUUUGGUAAUGUGGUGAUCCAUUGUCUUAAUGCCACACGAAGAUCAACAGUACACACAGGAACAGAGCCUUAUAAACAAGGUAAUUCAAAACUUUUACUAGUGCAGUUUCAGUACUACGAUGCGUUCUAAACCUUGCCUGAAACUCCACAAAUAAAUAGCUUUACAGAAAGUCAUGACAACUUUCUGGAAUCUGAAAACUAAGGUUGUAUAUUCAUCCAGAUUUGGCAAAAAACAUCUCUAAAGGUUGUAUAUUCAUCCAGAUUUGGCAAAAAACAUCUUUUUUUUUUAUAUAAAAGUUUUGGUUCCAGCCGCUUUAAAUGACUGUUACACAGCCUGUAGUUUAAAAACCUAUUGAUCACAUUUCACAACUAGUGCCAAAGAGUGUUGGAUCAUCUUAGUAGGCAUCACAUCAUACAUUUGAUUGCAAGCAAGAAAUUGGUCAAAUCUAAGGUCUGAUACACACAAGGACCCCCCCCAACACACCCCUCCA